UCUGAAAUCGGUCUUAACAGAUUUUCCUUUCCAGACCAAUGUUGUCUUGACAGCGAAUCUAACCCAUCCACCCACUACAACCACCGUAAUCGGCGGCGCGUGAGGUUCAGAAUGGACCAAAUCUCCUCAACCCUUCAAUAUUGGCUAGUAAACCACCCCAAAAUCCUCAAUUUCCGGUGGACUCCAGGCCAAACCCUCGGCUCCACUCCACUGUUCCUCACCGUCACAGUCCUCACCUACCUCUCUCUCACCUUCCUCCUCUCCCGCCUCCCUUUCCCCUCCCUCGGCUCCCGCUUCCUCAAAUCCAUCACCGCUCUCCAUUCUCUCACUCUUUUCCUCCUCUCCUUAAUCAUGGCCGUCGGCUGCACUUUCGCCAUAGUCUUCCAUUCCCCUGAUUUCCGCCACACCUUCUGUUUCCCUCCCCACACCCCACCCACCGGACCCCUCUUCUUCUGGGCCCACAUCUUCUAUCUCUCGAAGGUUCUCGAAUUCAUCGACACCCUUCUCAUCAUCCUGUCCAAAUCGAUCCAACGGCUGACAUUCCUCCACGUCUACCACCACGCCACGGUGGUGGUCAUGUGCUACUUAUGGCUCCACACCUCCCAGUCUCUCUUCCCGGUGGCUCUCAUCACCAACGCCACCGUUCACGUGGUAAUGUAUUUGUACUACUUCCUAACCGCCGUCGGGAAGCGGCCGAAGUGGAAGAGAUUGGUGACGGAUUUCCAGAUUGUACAGUUCGUAUUCAGCUUCAUGGUGUCGGGUUUGAUGCUGUACUACCAUUUCGCCGGAGUAGGGUGCUCCGGGAUGUGGGGAUGGUGCUUCAAUGCUGUAUUUAACGCCUCUCUUUUGGCUCUGUUCGUUGAUUUCCACGGCAAGAGUUACGCCAAGAGAAGGACGGGAGAUAAAGAUAAACGGUCGUGAUUGCCUGUUAUUAUCGGACGGUUCAAUUCCAUUGUAUUUUUCCAGACCACUCUUCAUCCCCAAAUAAAGUAUGGAGGGUUUUGGAAAAUCUCUUAAAUAUUUAUAUAUAUAUAUAUAUUUCUUUUUUUAACUAUCAAUGUUUGAAAUCAUAUUAAAUAUCAAUUAAUAUA